AAAAAAAUGAAAAAAUGAAAAAUGAAAAAUGCUGCCCAAACAACGGAACAGAGCAGAAGCACAUGACACGCGGAUGACCUAAUCGCUCGCUGCCUGCUGAGUCAUGCUCUGCAGUGUGACUUUGCUUGAUCACGAUCCGGCAUCAUUCAUUCUUCGUCUCCUUCAGCUUCUUCUCAGCAACUCCCCAGCUUCAUUUAUUUGCCGAUGAUCCCGUCUCAUUCUUCUUUGUAUGCUCUUCUUUGAUCCCCUUUAAUCCCUCCGGGCCGUGUUGCCUCUCCUAGGGUUGUUGUUGUUCUGGCUGUUUCUAUGUCAAGCUCUCUAUUCACCGACUCUUUUCCCUCUCCACACUCCCACCAGUAAUAAGACACACACACACACACUCACCUCUCUCACUACUGGACGUGUGCCUGUGGGCCAUCUCUUAUUUUAUUCCUCUACAUACCUCCUAUACUGCCGUACGACCAGUUUUGAUAUAUCACUCUCUAUGCCCGCGACUGGACUGAACCUAGCUAACGAUGUUUUCGGAAUAUGCCUCCCGAUUCCUAGCCCAGUCCCAGUCCAGAAUAGCCUUCAGUCCAGAUAACAACGAAAGACAAGGCUCAGACCGUUACAAUAGAAGAUUCAAUCAGCCUUCUGGGUCUUCGCGAAAUCCAGCCUCCAGGUCCUAUCUUCACCGCGCCAUUGGCAACCCCUACCAACCAAGCUCGUCUCACAUCUCGCACUUCCCCUUUUCCUCAAGGGCCUCCAUACAGCAUGCUCCUCUCUUCUACAGUGCUGCUGAUGAAUUUAGAGAAGAAGAUGACGAGCAGGAGCACGAACGCGAAAUUGCAGAUUUCUACGCCCUGCAGAGAUCUCGACGCCAUUUCGACUCGAGGCAUCUGGAAGAGUCAUCCGAGGUUGAUGACGAUGGCAAGCACUCUGAAAAUAGUAUGGAUGCUGCUGGUAGUAACCAUAGCAAUCGCGGAAGAGGCGGAGGCAUCAAGAGCUCCUGGCGUGCCGGUAGAUCUAGUGAUGCCACGCCUGUUCUGGGAGGCAAGCCCUUCGAGCGACUAGACGAAAGUGAUGAGAAUGAGGCUGACGAUAGGGGCAGCACGGGCGCCAGCUCUCUUGGGAAAGAUAGGAUGGUUGAUGUUGGCCUAGAAGAUACGCUGAGGAGUGAUAUGGUGAACGUGCAACGAGAUAGCGCGCGUGAUGAUUUCGCUGAUGAUGACUCUCCACCAGCCGUCCAACAGUUCCGAAAACAACCUGACAUCGCGGGGGACCAUUUCCAAACUAGCUCCUCCUUCUUACCCAAAGAAACGGAUAAGCGCGCCCUUCUGGAGCAUCCUCGCCCUCCAAGCUCUACGGGAUCGUCCGUUCCGGCGUCAAUGACGCACCCGGACUUCGAACCUCCCCAGCAUGACGCAUUUUGGGGCAACCUCUUUUUAAUCUCUCUCGUGGGCAUGUUUGCUACAGCUUUUCUUAUUUAUUUGCACACGUCCCUACCAGAGGGUAAGCCUAUCCUUGGCGAUACCAUUUAUUCCACUCUUCAUGCCUCUUUUUUUCUCUUAGCGAUAUAUACUCUGGUUUCCAUUCUGGUUUCUUUGUUGUGGCUAGCGUUCCUUCGUUCAUAUGUCCGCCCCUUGGUCUAUUUGGUUUUAUUAGCAGUCCCUCUGAUACUCUACACAUUUGCUCUUUUUCCUUUCAUUGCUAGCUUUGGCGGGGCUUGGCAUGGCCAAAGCAUCCAAGACAAAGUCAUGCGCUGGGGUUCCUUGGUACCCGCCAUAAUUGCAUCUGUCUGGGUAUAUUCCGUCAUUCAGGGUCGUUUUUCAACGGAAAAAGCGAUCAGCAUCUUGGAGUUUUCAUGUCGCAUUCUUGCAUCCAGCCCAGCGCUGCUCGCACUUGGGUUUAUCACCUUGGCUGUUAUCGCCUCCUGGACAUGGGUAUGGAUCCUCAUGUUCACCCGCGUGUUCCUUGGUGGCCAUAUCUCCACAACAAAAAAUAUGUUUAUAAUCAACGCGGGAAGCUGGUGGCUGGCCGUCUACUUCAUCCUAAUUUAUCUUUGGUCCCUGGGAGUGAUUUCAGGUAUCCAAAGGACCGUCACGGCUGCAACUGUCAGUCAGUGGUACUUCCACCGGUUAUCAGUACCAGCACCUUCAUCCCGACAAAUCGUACAGGCAGCAUUAAUUCACUCCGUCAGCACAUUAUUCGGCACCAUCUGCCUCUCAACACUCCUCGCCCUACUGAUACGUCUACCACUAAUCGUCCUUCCUAGACGGUUGUCGUCGUUUCUAUCUUUAGCCGCAUACUCUUGCGUUCCCACUCCCAUCGCCGCUCUCACUAACUCCCUAACUCUAACCUACAGCGCCAUCCACUCACUGCCCCUGGGCAUUUCCGCCCGCAGCCUCAGCCAAAUGACGUUCCUCGCCCCAUCAACAGCAGCCACCUCACUCCACCCAACCUCCUUCUCCUCUAACCCACGAGGCAACACCAACGGUCACAACAAUUCUUCUCUCCUUCCAUACCGCCUCGCCAAACUUUUCCUCCAUGCUAUGCGCUUCACAAUGUCGUUAUGUCUAGGUUUCGGCGGGUGGGUAUCUACCGCUCGUGGCUUGCAAUUAGCUACUACGGGAACAGGAACGGGAACAACCUCCACUAUCCGAGGCAGUUUAUACGCGUAUGUUGUGGGAUUGAUUGCGGGGGCUAUUGGCUGGGGUGUCCUGGGUGCGAUGGAAGGCGUGCUGACUGGCGUCGUGGAUGCAGCUGUUGUUUGCUGGGCUAGUGAGGUGGGCAGCGAGAGGAGGGAGGCGAGGUAUUGUCGGGAAGCUGGGUGGUUGUUUGGUGGGGAGAGGAAUCGCGGAAGAGGUAGGGAGAGCGAGGAUGAUUACGACGUUUGAUAUAAAUCUUUUCCCAUUGAUUUGAUGCGAGCGCUUUCAUUUAUCAACUAGCGAAAUGAUUCUCGGAGCGUAUCUCAUUUGAAAAAAAAUUUUGGACUAGAGCGAGCAGAGCAUUUAUGUUAUCUAUUUUUGUUUCUGCUAUGAAUGGAUGGCGAUGGUUACAGCAAAAUGCUUUAUGCGCAUGCAUGCAUUGCAACAUCCCUUUUCUAUCAUAACUUGAAGGCUGCAUUGAGUGGUGCAAGUUGCCCGGUUGGCCUGGCCUUUAUUUAUAAUUAGUUAGAAGAAGAUAUCAUUUAUUUUUCAUUUGUUUUUCACAGUAUCUUUCGUCCAUUAGGAUUAUUUACGUUUUCGUGAUUUUAUUUCUUCAUCCUGAGCAAAACGAACGUUGUUUCUACAUAUUCCCCAACACCACAAGUGACAAUUGAUGUUUUCACGCUUUCUUGCGGGUUAAUCUUUAACGACUAAAAAACGACUAUGAGAUCAUCGAAUAAUUUCCAUUCAUGCAACCAUGUCACCUCAGUCAAUACUACAAUUUCUCAGUUCCA